CUCGAUUAUAACAGUAGUUGACUCAUGACUCUAAGCAGGCUUUUAUGGAAGAGAUCACGAGGAGCACCUUUCUUAAAGAAAACAUUUCAAGGGAAAUUUCAGUCACUAUUUGUUGCACUGAUUUGCUUAAUAUUUAUAUUUGUUCUAUGCAGUGAAUUAUACAUUACUGAAUAUCCAGAACCUAUUUCCUAUAAAAAUCAUAGUCGCCCAAAGAACAAAAUAUUUUUUCAUAUUAUAACGGACUGUAUAUCUGUUCUCAGAAAACAGAUACACUUUUCCGGAAAUAAGAAAAGAACUACAACACUGUCAACAAAUUCAUUCUCAGAACAAGAUGCAUUUGAAAAAUUUCUCCGAGAGCCUAAACAAAAUAAAACUUUUUUCUUCAAUAGCACUAAUAUUUUUCAUAAAGUUUUUCAAUCGUGGCUAGCUUCAAGAGCAUCCAAUGUGCCAAUUCAAAUUGCUUUCAUGCAAAAUCAUAAACACGUUUGUGCAGAUCAGGGGAAAAAUCUGCUUCUGUUAAUUGCUAUCACAUCUUCUGCUUCCCAUUUAGAAUCUAGAGCAGCAAUACGAGAUACCUGGGGCCAUUAUGCAAAGAAUAAAGGAGCAAAAGUACUUUUUUUCCUUGGAAUUCCUAAAAAUCCCAAAUAUCAAAGUAGAAUAAAUGAUGAAAAUGCAAAAUUUCAAGAUAUUAUUCAAGCAGCAUUUUUAGAUUCAUACUCCAAUUUAACACUUAAAACUAUUUCUGUACUUAAAUGGGUCGCAAAAGUUUGUCCUUUAGUGAAAUAUGUUCUUAAAGUAGAUGAUGACAUGUUUAUAAAUGUUGAAAAUUUUCUGAAUUUAGCAGAAGAUAAAGCGAUAUCAAAAGCAAUUUUGGGUGAAUUAGCACAUGAAUGGCCUCCUGUGAGAGGUUCAAAGAAUAAGUGGUAUGCAUCUUAUGCUGACUAUCCUUUUAAUGUGUAUCCAGAUUUUGUAUUUGGUCCUUCAUACAUUCUUACUGGAGAUUCUGUUAACUUACUUUACGAUGCUAGUAUAAAAAUGAAAUUAUUUCAUUUAGAAGAUGUAUUUAUAACAGGUAUUGUUGCUGAAUCAGUAAAUAUUACAAGAAUAAAUCUCCCUGCCAUAUUUAACACACCAAGAGAUCUCCAACCAUGCAAUUUUAAAAAAUUACUCAGUAGUCAUGGGCAUACUCCACCAGAUAUGAGGAGGCACUGGAUGUGGCUAACACGAAAAAAUUUUGAAUGCACAAACGCAACAGAGAAAGAUGUGGACAAAAACGACUAAUGGAAAAUGAAGUUUCAAUAAAAUAAUGUAUGGCCACUUUU